GGCGACGAUAAGAAACUCCGAGCAUCGAAUUGUCAUCCUGCUCGCCCGAAUAGGUUUCGAAUUCAGUUUCAGUUGUGCCUGUGCCGGAGCUCGUUGUGCCAGAUGAUAAACAAAUUUCGAGUUAUUUUCACAUUUUCAGUUUAUCCUCUUUGCUUCUGUAAAAAACAUUAAUGAGUGUAACGUAUUAAGAACGGCAGCAACAGAGACGAAACAGAAACGUAAAAAAGUAAAGUUAUCUAAAUUAAAAUCGGUACAAGAAAAUAACAUUUUCGAUGUAAAUGCCGAAUCGGCACAUCACGGUAACUAUUCAUUUUUAUAGCGGCAUUUAAAGUAAACAACAAUAAAAAAUAACAAAAACGAAGAAGCAAGAUGUAUCCCAAUAGUUUUUAUAAAAUGAAAAAUUUUGCCAAUCCCAAGACGAUGUUCAAGUCAUGCAUCAAUAAUGAUGAGCAAUUCAGUACGGAGCCGGUGGUACCGACCACAAAUGGAAGUCGCAUGGUUAGGUCCUCAUCGAUGAGAGGUGGUCCAAAGUCUGGAUCGCCGCAAAACGGACAGAAUUGUUUCGGGAACGGCUAUCCAAAUGCCACUAGUACUCCGGACUCAAACACAUCCAAAUAUAAGAAUACCCAAUCGACAUCAUCAUAUGGUAAUACUGCUAAUGGUAGCGGCAAUGGAUCCGGUGCCAUCUCAGCAAGCGGUAGCAAUGGUGGGAAUAUUGGAAAUGGAUUUGGUUCGUUUGCUGGCUCAGAAGAUUCUGUCGCACGCUCCCAUUCGAGCUGCUCGAAUCCAGACGAUGCUGUGCCCAGCACAUCGAUGGCCUGCGGACUUGGAGCUGGAGCCCCAAUGACAGACUCUUAUGGCGAUGCGUCAGGUGAACAACCGGCUGGACAACAGGAGCCGGCUGAGCCGCAUCAUCCAUUGCAUAGCAAUUGGACUUUAUGGUACUUGGAGAACGAUCGCAGCAAAUCCUGGGAGGAUAUGCUUCACGAGGUGACUAGCUUCAAUACAGUGGAGAAUUUCUGGAGCUUAAUCAAUCACAUUAAGCCGCCAUCGGAAAUCAAAUUGGGCAGCGAUUAUUGUCUAUUCAAGAAGGGUAUACGCCCCAUGUGGGAGGAUGAUGCCAAUGUUCAUGGCGGGCGUUGGGUGAUUAAUUUGAAUAAGAAUACUCAAAAUGAUCUGGAUCAUUUCUGGCUGGACACGAUGCUCUGCUUGAUCGGCGAAUGCUGUGACUAUUCGGAUGAACUUUGCGGCGCUGUUGUCAAUAUCAGAGGCAAAAGCAACAAGAUAUCCAUCUGGACCGCUGACGGUGGCAAUGAGGCUGCCGCUCUUGAAAUUGGUAACAAACUACGCGAAAGCCUUCGCAUGGAGAGUGGCUAUGUUCUGCAAUAUCAGUUGCAUAAGGAUACCAUGGUCAAGCAGGGCUCCGCUGUCAAGUCCAUCUACACUCUAUAACUACCAAAAAAAAAAAAAAGAAAAAAAAAAGCGAAACAAAAGAGAAAAAGAAAACGAAUAUCAAAAAUGAUCAAGAAUCUCACGCACACAAACAGAUCAACAAAACAUUCGAUUCGUUUUAUUAUUGCUAUAUAUAUGUAUAUACACUUUUUUUUUUUUUUUUGAAGAAGGAAUUUUUAGAUCCUGAACCGCCCGAUAGCCCUCCCAUCCCUCAAGUCUUAAGCUAUUAGUAUUGUCAAAAAUUCUUACACACAACCGGCUGGAAAAAAAUCACACAUUUUUCGGCCUUUGCUAAAUUUAUAUAGUUAAAUUAUGUUCACUUUAUUAAGGGAUCUAAAAAAAAAAAAACAAAAACAUUAGGAGGAAAUGGAUGUCAGUGAAAUUUUUUAGUUGUUAUUACUACGACACAAACAAAAGACUUACAAAAAAAUAAACUCCAUAUGGGCAAAAUCAUGACAGAAACACCAGAAGUUUCAAAUGAAAA